AGUUCUGUCCAUUCAUGAUGGAAGAUUAUGUUUCCAUGACUAACAUAACUCCCACACUUGCUACCAACAUACUCUUGCGUGAGUUGAACAUACUUUUGGUUCAAUUUAACAAGAGUAUAAACGAGUUUGAUUUGCCCCAAAUGACAAGAGGAAAUGAAUCAAGUUCAGGAAUGACCGGAUGUAUUGAAGAUGAAAUAUCCAUAUGUAUUCCACAACAAGAUCUUGAUGCAAUUGAACGCUUAAAUGAUGACCAAAAAAGUGCGUUUAACAUAAUAAUGGGUGCAGUUCAACGAUCGGAUAAUGCAACUUUUUUUGUGGAUGGUCCCGGUGGAACUGGAAAAACUUACUUAUAUCGCGCAUUGUUAGCAAGCUUGAGAAGGUUGGGGCACAUAGUAUUAGCAACAGCAUCAUCUGGAAUAGCAGCUACGAUAUUGCCUGGUGGGAGGACAGCACAUUCUAAAUUCAAGAUACCACUUAGUCUCGAUGCAUCAUCGAUGUGUUCGAUCGGUAAACAAUCUGAUUUAGCAAAGCUAAUACAAAAGGCAAAGGCAAUUAUUUGGGAUGAAGCAACAAUGACGCAUCGUCAUGCAUUUGAAGCACUCGAUCGAACGUUCAGAGACUUAACAGAUAUUGACUUACCAUUUGGGGGGAAGAUAAUGAUAUUUGGGGGAGAUUUUCGACAAGUUCUUCCUGUUAUCCGGAAAGGAACCAAGUCCGAACUAAUCCAAGCAAGUGUUGUUAAGGCAUCAUUUUGGUCACAAGUAAAGAUUUUAAAACUCAAACAAAACAUGAGAUCCAUAAAUGAUUGUGAAUUUUCAGAAUUUUUACUUCGUGUUGGUGAUGAGAAUGAAGAUGUUAUUAUGGAUGAUAUGGUAAAACUACCUGAAUGCAUAGUGAUACCAUGGGAGAGUGAGCAUUCCAUUAAUCAAUUAAUUGCCAAAAUCUUCCCUGACUUAGAGGAUCAUAUAAAUGAUGCAACCUACAUGGUGGAAAGGGCAGUGGUAACUCCUACAAAUGAAGACGUUGAUAUGUUGAAUGAAAAGAUAAUCAAUAUGUUUCCGAGUUUAGAAGAGACAAUGUAUUCAUUUGAUUCAGUUGAGGAUGACGUAAGGAAUUUGUAUCAGCCAGAGUUCUUGAAUUCAAUCUCACUUGGUGGUUUGCCUCCGCACAAGUUAACUUUGAAAAGAGGUGCUCCAAUCAUGCUUUUAAGAAAUAUUGAUCCGAAAUUGGGAUUGUGUAAUGGUACAAGAUUAUUGUGUCGUGGUUCUUACCGAAAUCUUAUUGAUGCUGAAAUUCUAACUGGACAAUUUGCCGGAUCCAGAGUUUUCUUACCAAGAAUCCCUCUCAAAAGUACUGAUACUGCUGGGCUUCCAUUUGAACUUACAAGAAAGCAAUUUCCAGUGAAACUAAGUUUCUCUAUCACUAUAAACAAAUCUCAAGGUCAGACAAUACCACAUGUAGGCGUUUACCUUCCAGAUCAUGUCUUCAGCCAUGGACAAUUAUAUGUGGCUUUAUCGAGGGGGGUCUCAAAAUCAACCACAACCGUGUUAGUAAAAAGUGGCUCCAUAGUAGGCCAACAAGGUGUAUUUACACGGAAUGUAGUAUACAAAGAAGUCUUGCUUCAUUACAGCUAA